UAAUAACGAAGUGGGUCGUGAGAGAAAAGGUUUGAGAACCACCGCGUUAAACACACGUUGGGCUAAAGUUCGGGUUAAAAUACCCCACGGCCACGUGACACCCCUCACCUACUUCCUGUUUUCCCUCGGAACCCUUUUCAAAGUUCAGCGUCAGACAACAGAUGGAGAUCAGCCACUCGGUCGCGAAUCAACUCGAGUUUGUAAAAUGACGUUUAUCGGCGGAGUUCGCGAACACGUUUACAUCAAACUGAGCUAGAUCGGGUUUCUUUUUCAACAACAAAGAAGACAGAAGAACGCGCGCGCCGUGUUGCGUUGCGGGACCCGAGGACUCCGCAACAUGCCCGAGGUGUCGAAGAUGAAGAAGCCCGACGUCAAGGUGGUCCUACUGGGGGACAUGAACGUGGGCAAGACGUCGCUGCUCCACAGGUACACGGAGAGGAAAUUCAAAGACACCGUCAGCACCGUCGGAGGGGCGUUUUUCCUCAAACAGUGGGGGCCCUACAAUAUCUCAAUCUGGGACACUGCCGGUCGCGAACAGUUCCACGGCUUGGGCUCGAUGUACUGCCGAGGCGCCGCCGCCGUCAUCCUCACUUACGACGUCACCAACUGGCAGAGCCUGGCCGAGCUGGAGGAGCGCUUCCUGUCCCUGACCGACACCGCCAACCACGACUGCAUCUACGCUCUGGUGGGUAACAAGGCCGACCUCACGGACCCUGAAGCCCAGCUGGCCCUGAACUCGGACGUGGCGCCCGACGAGUACGAAGACGAGCGGACGCGACCGCAGGCGCCGUCCGGUUGGCCCACGCCCCCGGCGUCCCCGGCUUCCCUCUCCGGGGUGCCGCUGCACAAGCAGGUCACCCGCGAAGAGGCAGCGGCCCUUUAUGGGCGAAUACUGCGCUACAAGGGCCUGGAGGAAGAGAGCAGCCUGCCCGCCGAGAAGAUGUGCUUCGAGACCAGCGCCAAGACGGGCUACAACGUGGACGCCCUGUUCGAGGCGCUGUUCGAUCUGGUGCUGCCUUCCAUCCUGAGGAAGAGGAACGAGAACCAGGAGUCUCCCACGGUGGACCUGGAGGAGUGCCAGGGGGGGGGCGGCGGCGGCGGCGGGACCAAGCGGGCCAGGUCUGCCUGCUGCUAGAGGGACUCGUGUCCAGCAAAGGACAAUCUAGACAUCGGUUUGCACACCAAAUACAUACUGUGAUGGUUCUACUCAUUUCUUUUGACUGAGACCCAACGGCAUUAGUGAUCUACCGUUUGCACUAAAACACAUUCCUGACUUCAGAAGUAGCUUUUUGUCCGCUAACAUUGUAAGGAGAGGACAUAAAAUGUGUUACUUUAUCACCCUACGCUUUGGAAAUCUUCCACCACAACCACUAAAACCACACUAGUAUCCCAAAAGAUGUGUCUGUGAUCAGAUAACAUGCCUAAGAAGUCAAUCAAUGCUUUUUGUUAAUGUUUUACAAUUGAGAAUUCCACAAAUGUAACAUUACUAAUUGUUGUGUGGCACAUUGCAAUGUGUUUAUUGUUAUUUAAGGUUCCAACAAAUCAUGUUUACCUGUGUUUUCUUUUAUGCUCUGCUACUAGCGUUGAGACAGAUCUUUAUUUCCUAAAGGCCCAUUUCAAGCUCUUCAAUGAGUGUAAAUAGUUGAUAAACUAAUUGAAUUUUAAAGUAUAUUGUCAUAAUAAAGAUUU